CGCUAUUCCGACCGAUGCUUGUUGGCCACCCGUCCUCUGCGCAUGCCCUGAGUUCUUAGUUGCGGAGGAGGGAACCGGUCAACCCAGGAAGCUGCGCUCAACACCUUCGCACCCAGAAAGCCAUGGCGCCUAUCGUUACGGCGGUUCAAUCAAGCGGCGCGUCUAAGAUUAAACGCCCAAUCCCGCCCGGCAUACAGACAAAUGGAGGCAGUUCUUCGCGAUCGUCGCCGUCGCCGUCCAUGUCUGCGAAGCGACCCCCAUCCGGUGCCCGACAACCGUCAAAUCCCCCGAACACGGCCGGAGCAAAUACAUCGUCAGCGCGUCCUCCCAACAGACCGCGCCCGGGCUUGUCGGGCCAGAUUCUGGGACGCGGGCAGAGGAGUGCUGGUCUGAGGUCCGCUAGUAUCGUCCCGGACUUUGAUAUGUCCCCCGCGGUCGAUCCCCCGCCAUACGUGGUCACCGACAACUAUAUUCUCAAGAAAUAUGCUGGGAGGCCCCCCUCUCUGGUUGUACACCUGCACCCAACACACUUCCGGUUCGACAAGCAGGAGGGGAUGUUUCAGUACAAAUCGCCCAUGAAGUUAUUUCUGGAACACCUCAAGUCUCGCACCGUCCCCCACGAUAUGCUCGAGUAUUUCAUCCAGUGGGGGGUGCCGUUCUACGAAAAUUGCUUGAUUGUCCAGGUACAUGACCACAAGUCGAUUGCGCAAUCUAAAGAUGUCGCCAGGCCUACCUCGGCGUCCAGCAAGACGGUUCCGUUCUCUAUCCAUAACUAUAACCCCUACCUAACACCAUCACCCUACGUGCCGUACCCUAAGGAGAAUCUUGAUGCGAUGGGCGAGAAUGGGGCGGUCAUGGAGGCUGAGUCGAGGGAAAAGACAGCCGAAAAGAAGGACAAGGCGAAUAUGCCCGCGCCAGGUGCGCCGGGUGACGGGCAGAAAGGCAAAACUGCGGCAAAGGCCAGGGUCCACACUAUCGUCCUUCACCCUACUCAGCAGACCCUACAGAUGGAUCUGGCUCUCAAGACGGUUACUCCCCGUGGGGCAUCUGAUGCGCGAGCAGAUGGUCUUGGGCCCCCUCCAACGCCGCACGCUCCUGUACCGCCGACACCGACAGCCUCGACCAUGCCACCGCCCAACAAGAGGCAGAAGCGGGAACGGAUGGAGCUUGAUGGCAGCAGUGUAUACGCAGCGGAAGCCCAAAUCUUGCUCGCCACGACCGCGCCUCUGGAUCUAGAGCCGACGAGGAAUGUAGAGGAGACAAUCAUGAAGCUGGAAAGCCAAGCUCAUCCCGGACAUUCUCAUAAACCGCCACAACCCAAGACCAGAAAGAGAACGGUCGCCGAGAUGGCAGCAGAUGAAGCUCUUGCGGCAGAUCAGGAGAGAUUCAUGUUGACAAUCGAUGAGAGACUGUCCUCCAAGGUCGCUGGCGCCCAGAGCGCGGCCAAUGGUGCAGACGGCGACGGCCAGACCGGCGCGGCGGCUUGGGAGCCGAGGUUCGAGCGCUUCGAGGUCAUCGCGGACAUCAAGAGAGAGCACGCGGAAAAGAAGGAGCAAGAGAGGAUAAAGCAAGUCGAAAACGAGCGGAGACUGGCAUUGCAAAAGCAGCAACAACAGCAGCAACAGCAGGCAGAGCAACAUGCAGCUCUAGUUGCUCAACAGCGGGUCGCAGACGAGCAGCGGCGGAGAGAACAGGCAACGGCCCGGGAGCAGCAACGUCUAGACGCUCAACGCCGCGCGAUGCACGUCCAAGCCCAAGCCCAGGCUCAAGCCCAGGCUCAGGCUCAGGCUCAAGCCCAGGCUCAGGCGCAGGCUCAAGCCCAGGCUCAAGCCCAAGCCCAGGCUCAGGCGCAGGCUCAGGCCCAAGCUCAAGCCCAAGCCCAAGCCCAAGCCCAAGCCCAAGCCCAAGCUCGCGCAGAACAAGCCCAGGCUGCGGCACAAAACAACAUCGCUGCCACGAUGGGGCAAAACUCCCACGCCCACCCGGCGGUGAGCGGGCCGAUGCCGAAUGGGCUAGCAAAUGCAAUAGCCGCUCAGGGGCGCUUCCACCAAGUCCCACAGCAGGCUGUUUCGUCGCCCAUCGUUCGCCAAAACACGCCACAGAAUAUGUCGUCGCCGAUGGUUGGAAACGUUUCCAUGCAGCAUUCGAACUCCAGCAUGGGGGUCAGCCCGCCAAGAUCGUCGUCAGCUGUCCAAAACCACGCAUCAAUGUCUGUCCCAAUGGCCGUCAGCAUGUCUGCUCGGGGUAGCCAACAAAGCCACCCAUCAGGGACUCCGAGGAUGCGCAACGUAACGCCGAACAUGUCGCACUCUACGCCGAUCAGCCGACCCCAGGUUGUUCAGACCCCACGCAUGUCGCAGGCCAGCCCACCGCCGGGCAUGAUGACGCCUGCUCAGCAGGUGGGACAAGCCAUGCUGAUGAACAACCAAGGGGUACCGCAACAGCUGCAGAACCAAAACUUGAUGGCCGCUCAUAUCGCGGCCCAGCAGCGUCUACAGCAGCAGCAGCAGCAUAUGGCGGCAAUGCAGCAGGGGGGAAUGAUGCCGGGCACUCCAAGCAACCAGCACAUGACGGCACAGCAGCAGCAAGCGCUCCAGCAGAGGAUGUUGCAGCACCAGAUGAUGGCCAUGCAGCGGAACCAGAUGGCCAACCAGCAAAGCCAGGCGCAGAUUGCUCGACAGUACCAGCAGCAGUUCAACAACCUGCAGAACAACAUGCAACAGCAAAUGCAUGCUGGUCAGAUGCAGAAUCAUAUGCAGCGCCAGAUGUCGGCGGCCUCCCAGGGGCAGAACAUGAUGAACGCCGGCGGAAUGAGCCCUGCCGCUCAGAUUGCCGCCAUGCAACAGAUGCAGCAGAUGCAGCAACAGCAGCAGCAACAACAGCAACAAUCUCAACAGAUGGGACAACAGCAGCAACAAGGAGCACCGAACCAGGUACUCGCGAACCAGAUUCGGGCCCAAUCAACCAUCUUCUUCCAGAAGAACCUGCCAACUCUGGCCGAGAGGUACGGUGGCGUGAACAACAUACCCCCCGACGUCUUGGAGAGCCUCAAGAGAACGUGCGCCAACCAGGCCCGGAGUACUAUCAUGCAUGUUGUCCAGCAGAGGCAGGCCAAUGCCCAGGCUGCCAUGUUGCAGCAGCAGCAGCAGCAGCAGCAACAACAGCAACAACAACAGCACCAGGCUGCUAUGCAAGGAAUGAUGCCGCAGGGUAUGUAGAACUACCCUUUCGGUGCCGCAUUCUGCCCGCUCAGUGCGGCUGUCCCUGUCCCAACGUGGGGGGCAGACGCACGGCGAGACGGAUUAAUGGAUAUGGGAGAAGUUUGCCUACCACAUGGGCAAGUCUA